UCCUUUAUUCUCAUACUCAACCUCCCCAUUUCUUCUUCAUAAUCAUUCAUCUCCCAAUUUCAAUCUUUCUCAACAUUUCCCACAUAACAAUUUCAUCAAUUCCCCCAAAAAACUAAUAAAGAUGACUGCUUGUAUCCACAGUUCAAGAACACAAGUUAUCGAAUUCGAAUGUAAUCAAAACUACGCCAAAUUCUGCAGAUCCGAUUACCCUGAUCAGUUUUCCUGCAAACCCAUCUGCAAGAUCAAUGUAUACACACAUCAAGAUUACGAUGAUCUAUGGCCGAAAAUGAAAGACGAAGCUAGAUCCGAUAUCGAUCAAGAACCCAUCUUGUCAAACUACUAUCUCACCUCAAUCUUAUCUCAUUCUUCAAUGGAAAGCGCUUUAGCUAAUCUCAUCUCAAUGAAACUGAGUAAUUCCAGUUUACCUAGUGCAACCCUAUACGAUCUUUUCAUGGGUGUCCUCACAGAAGAUCGAGAACUCGUUAACGCUGUUAAAGACGAUUUAAGAGCUGUAAAGGAAAGGGACCCAGCUUGUAUAAGCUACGUACACUGUUUCUUGAACUUUAAAGGCUUUCUCGCUUGUCAAGCUCAUAGAAUAGCACAUCAUCUAUGGCUACAAGAUAGAAAAAUCUUAGCGCUUUUGAUUCAAGGUAGAGUUUCUGAAGUGUUGGCAGUUGAUAUACAUCCUGCCGCAAAGAUCGGAAGGGGGAUAAUGCUUGAUCAUGCCACCGGAGUUGUGAUCGGAGAAACUGCAGUCAUCGGAAACAAUGUUUCCAUUUUGCAUAAUGUGACAUUGGGUGGAACUGGAAAGAGUAAUGGCGAUCGGCAUCCUAAGAUUGGUGAUGGGGUUUUGAUCGGUGCAGGGAGUUGUGUUUUGGGUAAUAUUAGGAUCGGAGAUUGGGCUAAAAUUGGGGCGGGAUCGGUGGUGUUGAAAGAUGUGCCGGCUAGAACAACCGCCGUUGGAAACCCAGCAAAGUUGAUCGGAGGAAAGAUGAAUCCGGUGAAGCUUGAUAAGGUUCCUAGUUUUACUAUGGAUCAUAAGUGGUGUGAUUAUGUUAUUUAGAAAAGAUUGUGAAUCAUAUUUCACAAAGGCAUGGAUUUCUUGAUAUGAAAUUGUAGAUCAUCAAUCAGUAUGAGGAUAAAUUCUAAGCGAGAGUUAACGCUCUCCUGGAAGAAAUGAUGUUUUGUUUAAUAUAACGUUUUAGUUGUAUCAACAAUCAACAAUGUUGUUGUUUGUUAUGAUGAAUAAAGAAUUUCUUUGAUGA